UAACAUCAUAAAAGUAAAUGGGUUGGUUAUCACUCGUUACGAAAAUAAGGUCAGUAGUUUGUAGCUUGUGAGAAAUUACUAUUUAAUAUAAAAAAUUACGUGAUUUUUUACCUAAAUUGUGCCAAGUGCCUGCCGAAUUUGAAUUUAAGGACAUAUAGAAAUACAUAAUUUUUUCGAUAUAUGUUUUAUAAUAAUUAAUAAUAUAUCCAUAAUAUGUUAUCUGUAAAGUAGCAUUUAUUUUUUAAAUACUUAACAAUGCAAUACCUGGUUAUCAAGUCGCACAAAUUUCAUUCAUGUAUACGAUACGAAAUCGAUUCGACUGGCGAUAAUCACUUGUGUUCGUGCCCGCGCGCCGACCCGACCCGAAGAUCGAGUUCUUGGUAUGAAUUUAUAAAGCGGUGUUCACACUGGACUUACAUUUAUAGACAUACGUUAAUCUAUUUGUCGAAUUGAAAUAAUAGUGUUUUUUUAAAGACUGUGAUGGAUAAUACAAAACACAAUACUUUUCUAAAAUAUGAUAUUACUUCUACAUCCUGACCCUUUUUCCACUCAUGUAUUAACUGGUAUGUGAUAAACCUUCUUCAUGUCAAGUAGUAUAGAGAGAAAAAAGGAAAUAAUGGUUUAUUUACAUAAUACAAUCCAUUCAAUAAUGAUACAACUAUAAAUGAUUGAAAAAUCUUAUUACGAAAUUUCACCAAAAAAUAAAUAAAUCAAAUGACACUCUAUUAAAAUUCAGCCUCAUUGUGAACACACCCCAUCCCGCUCAAUCGAUGGAAAAUUUGUCCAAAAAUAAAGCGUGGCUUUAGCCUAUUAAAAUCUAGCCAUAGUGAACACACCCUAUCCGUUCGAAUCGAUCGGCGACCCGCAUACGACGCGCAGUGCCGACGGCGAUCGGCUCACGAUCGGGCGCCCCGUCCGCCAUCUUGUCGCGCGUUAUGCCGCGUCCCCGUCGCGACAUGGACCGCAGGAAGAUGUUUCACGAAAAACUCGAUUUAGAACUCAUAGAGUUGGUGAGAAACAACGAAGUGCUGUACGACUUUAAUCAUCCGAAAUAUAUGGAUUUUAACGCGAGGGAAGUCGCAUGGCAGAUGAUCGGCGAUGAGUUGAAACGACCCGCUGCUGAUUGCAAACUGCGUUGGAUCAACAUUCGAGAUGUAAACAGAAGGAUAUUGAGAAAGAAAUUGGCAAUGCCCCACAAUCGCGGGCGGCUAUACAAGUAUGAAAACGAACUGGCUUUCAUGAGACCUUUCUAUAGAGACGUCCAUAUACAAGGGGGCGAGUUUGAAUCUGAUGAUAAAAGCGAACAGAACUGGAAUGGGGACGAUAAUGGUCCAGAUGAUGUAGAUGAUCAAAACGAAGAAGAAGUGGAGAUACCUGUGAAAAAAGAAGUGAAAACUCCAAAGAAAUCUAGGAAAAGAAAGAAAAAAGACAUUUAUGAAGAUGAAGAUGACGAUGAAGAUGAUAUACCUAUUGCAGCUUGUGUGAAUGAACCAAUAACAGCGGCGGAAGGCUUCGACCCCACAGAUCCAGUAGACGCGUUCCUAAUAAGCAUCGGAGCCACUUUGAAGACGUUUUCUCCGUAUCACUUGAAUUUGGCAAAGAGCAAAAUAUUUUCGGUGGUACAAGAACACGAUUUACAACAAAUUGUACAGAAAACUAGCGAUGUUAGUGUUAAGCAACCAGAGACUUUAUAUCUGUCAUAAAAAUUGCAUACCUAGUAUUUUUUUAAUGUACAGUAAUGUUGUAAUAAAUAAUACCUAUACGAGAAGAGUCGAGCACAGUCGACAAGUUGUUUUAAAAUUGUAAUUUUAAGUUUUGAACUAAAAUACUACGUUAUAAAUUUU